AUGGGUUCUCUCCCCCACGUGAUAGAGGAUUGCUUGGGCUUCCUCCAACUCUAUAGCGACGGUUCUAUAUCACGUUCCAACGAUAUAGAGUUCAAAAUUUCACCCGUUCAAGAUCACUCCAUAACCUUCAACGACUACCUAUUCCACAAAAGAUUCAACCUUUCUCUUCGCUUCUACAAACCCCAACAACACGUAACACUCAACAAUCAUAACAAGCUUCCUAUUCUCAUUUUCCUUCACGGUGGAGGCUUCUGCUUCGGUUCGCGCACCUGGCCCCAUAUUCACAACUGUUGCACCCGCCUAGCCUCCGCCCUCCAAGCGGCAGUCCUCUCGCCGGACUACCGCCUCUCGCCCGAACACCGGCUUCCGGCGGCGCUGGACGACGCCGUGGAGGCGGUGAGGUGGCUCCAGAGGCAGGGGCUGAGGCUGAAGGAAGACGAAAACGGUGGGGACGCCUGGCUGAGUCGUGACCUUGACUUUGACCGCGUGUUUGUCGUCGGUGACUCGUCUGGUGGGAACAUUGCGCACCACCUCGCGGUUCGCUUGGGGCCCGGUUCGAAAGAGAUGGACCCGGUUCGAGUACGAGGUUACAUGUUGUUUGCGCCGUUUUUUGGCGGAGAGGUUCGGACCAAGUCCGAGGAAGGUCCACCAGAGCACAUGUUGAACCUUGAGUUAUUAGAUAGAUUUUGGAGACUGUCAAUUCCUUCUGGAGAAUCCAGAGACCACCCAUUGGCGAAUCCAUUUGGAGCUGGAAGCCCAAAUCUUGAAGAAGUGAAGCUUGAUCCAAUUUUGGUGAUAAUUGGUGGCAAUGAAUUGCUUAAGGAUAGAGCAGAAGACUACGCUACUAGGUUAAAAAAACUAGGUAAAGACAUUGAAUACGUUGAGUUUGAGGGGUGUGAGCAUGGGUUUUUCACUCACGAUUCAUACUCAUCACAAGUUGCAGAAGAGGUCAUCCAAAUCCUUGAACGAUUCAUGCUUCAAACUUCUACUUAA